GGCACUCCGUCUUCACCAGACGUCAGUGGUCUGCGGCUGUAGCGUUUACUGAGUUUGCAGCUAGCUUUUGUUCGGUGGACAAUAAACUAGUUACCGAGUAGCUAUCAUCGUAUUAAUACACAGACUGUGAACAAUACAUACAGAUAACUGUAGCACGUGAGACGUUGUUCAGCUCGAUAAACUCAGGAAGUCAGGACUGCAGUGGAACUCUGACUUGACUCCAGCUCCCACCCUCCUCCCAUCCAUCCACUGCUUUUACUGGUUGCCUCCUCCAGUUCUCAACAUGGCCACAAUGUUCCUACUCUGGCUGUGCCACUGACCUCCACCCUGGACUACCACCAUGGAGAGAAAACGCAGAAAGAAAUUUAUCUAGCUGCUCAGGCCGUUUACAGUAUGGACUCAUUUUUUAGAGCUCUGGACCUGAAAUGCUCUGUCCCAACCCCUGACCCCCAACCAGGUUUUAGCUACUAAUUUUUCAUCUGAAACAGCACACUUGCUGCUAGAUUUUCAAAGGGCCUGGUUCAAACUCAUGGUUUUUGCUACUUCACAACUCAAAAUGCUCCUGCUUCCUGUGAGGGCGACCUUGCUUUUAGGGCUGCUGAUGGGCUUCCUGUCUAUUGUGGGCAUGGAGCCAACAGGAGGAGCCAAAUCAGACUCCGAACACGCCCCCAACACAGAUCCCCUCGCUUCAUCAUCUGGCUCCAACUGCUCUGAGUUGACCCUCAAACUGGAGUAUUCCACAAAGGUGGUGGAACAUGAGUACAUCAUAGCUUUUACAGGAUAUUUCUCGGCCAAAGCUCGCAGCCUGUACAUCAGCAGCGCCCUGCGGAACGCCGGGGACGCAUCGCUGGAGUGGCAUAUCGUUCCCAGAGAAAACCCAGCCUCAGACUUCCCCAGCGACUUUGAGCUGGUCCACAUCCGUCUAGCUUCGUCCAGCAACCUGCUGACCUUAGAGGACCACCCUUACAUCAAGAGGGUGACGCCGCAACGCAAAGUGUUCCGCAUGCUCAAAUACUUUCCCUCACCUGAACCUGCUGCACCCUGCAACGCCACCCGCGGGACGCAGUCGUGGCAGUCCUCCCGCCCUUUCCGACGGAGCAGCCUGUCACUGAGCUCGGGUUUCUGGCACGCCACUGGUCGCCACUCCAGCCGGCGUCUGCUGCGGGCCAUCCCCCGCCACGUUGCCCAGAUCCUGCAGGCAGACGUACUCUGGCAGAUGGGACACACAGGUUCUGGUGUGAAGGUGGCCGUGUUUGAUACAGGCCUAAGUGAGAAGCACCCGCAUUUUAAGAACGUAAAGGAAAGGACCAACUGGACUAAUGAAAAGACUCUGGAUGAUGGUCUGGGCCACGGUACUUUUGUAGCAGGAGUGAUCGCCAGUAUGAGGGAGUGUCAAGGCUUUGCCCCCGACUCAGAGCUGCACAUCUUCAGAGUGUUCACCAACAACCAGGUGUCGUACACCUCGUGGUUCCUCGAUGCUUUUAACUACGCCAUUCUAAAGAAGAUUGAUGUUCUCAAUCUCAGCAUUGGGGGGCCGGACUUCAUGGACCACCCCUUUGUUGAUAAGGUGUGGGAGCUCACUGCCAACAAAGUGAUCAUGGUCUCUGCUAUUGGCAACGAUGGACCUCUGUAUGGCACCCUGAACAACCCAGCAGACCAGAUGGACGUGAUUGGGGUCGGAGGGAUCGACUUUGAGGACAACAUCGCUAGGUUUUCCUCCAGAGGCAUGACCACCUGGGAGCUGCCAGGGGGCUAUGGCCGGAUGAAGCCCGACAUCGUCACCUACGGUUCGGGGGUUCGGGGAUCAGGGAUGAAGGAGGGGUGUCGCUCCCUGUCAGGCACCAGCGUGGCCUCUCCCGUGGUGGCUGGUGCGGUUACACUCCUGGCCAGCACCGUCCAGAACAGGGACUUGGUGAACCCAGCCUCCAUGAAGCAGGCUCUGAUUGCCUCGGCCCGCAGGCUGCCGGGGGUCAACAUGUUUGAGCAGGGCCACGGGAAACUAGACCUGAUCAGAGCCUACCAGAUCCUCAACAGUUACAAACCUCAGGCCAGUCUUUCUCCCAGCUACAUCGACCUGACAGAGUGUCCGUACAUGUGGCCUUACUGCUCCCAGCCCAUCUACUAUGGAGGAAUGCCCACCAUCGUCAAUGUGACCAUUCUCAACGGCAUGGGUGUCACGGGCAGGAUUGUGGACAAGCCCAUCUGGCAGCCCUACCUCCCUCAGAACGGCGACCACAUCGAUGUGGCCGUCUCUUAUUCACCUGUGCUCUGGCCGUGGGCCGGCUACCUGGCCGUGUCCAUCUCCGUGGCCAAGAAAGCGGCAUCGUGGGAGGGGAUCGCCCAAGGUCAUGUGAUGGUCACAGUGGCGUCGCCUGCAGAGAAUGAUUCUGAGGCGGGCGGUGAGAUGACCUCCACAGUCAAACUGCCCAUCAAGGUGAAGAUCGUGCCAACUCCCCCGCGCAGUAAGAGGGUUCUGUGGGAUCAGUACCACAACCUGCGCUACCCGCCCGGCUACUUUCCCCGAGACAACCUCCGCAUGAAAAACGACCCACUAGACUGGAAUGGAGACCACAUCCACACUAACUUCAGGGACAUGUACCAGCACCUGAGGAGUAUGGGAUACUUUGUCGAGGUGCUCGGCGCACCCAUCACCUGCUUUGAUGCCAGCCAGUACGGCACUUUGAUGCUGGUGGACAGCGAGGAGGAGUAUUUCCCCGAAGAGAUCACCAAGCUGAGGAGAGACAUCGACAACGGCCUGUCGCUCAUCGUCUUCAGUGACUGGUACAACACCUCGGUCAUGAGGAAGGUCAAGUUCUAUGACGAAAACACCCGGCAGUGGUGGAUGCCGGACACAGGGGGUGCUAACGUACCAGCUCUGAACGACCUGAUCUCAGUGUGGGGGAUGGCUUUCAGUGACGGGCUGUACGAGGGAGACUUCACCUUGGCUGAUCAUGACAUGUACUAUGCCUCAGGCUGCAGCAUCGCCCGUUUCCCAGAAGAUGGAAUAGUGAUUGCCAAGAAUCUAAAGGACCAAGGUCUGGAAGUGUUAAAGCAGGAGACUGCAGUGGUGGAGGGAGUUCCCAUCCUCGGACUAUACCAAACACCGUCAGACGGGGGAGGUCGCAUCGCUCUGUACGGUGAUUCUAACUGUAUAGACGACAGCCACAGACAGAAAGACUGUUUCUGGCUGCUCGACGCUCUCCUUCAGUACACCUCUUACAGUAUGACCCCUCCCAGCCUCAGCCACUCCCACAGCAGGGUAGCACCACCCACAGGCACCGAGCGCCCACUGCCACAGAGACUGGAAGGCAACCAUCUUUAUCGCUACUCCAAAGUUCUCGAGCCUCACUUUGGAGACCCUAAGCCCCGCCCACUACCAGCCUGCCCCCACCUGUCUUGGUCGAAGCCACAGCCACUCAAUGAGACGGCCCCCAGUAACCUGUGGAAGCACCAGAAGCUUCUCUCAGUGGAUCUGGACAAAGUGGCUCUACCCAACGUGAAGGCUUACCGUCCCCAGGUCAGACCUCUGUCUCCUGGGGAGAGUGGGGCCUGGGACAUCCCGGGAGGGAUAAUGCCCGGUCGCUACAAUCAAGAAGUGGGCCAGACCAUUCCCGUGUUCGCAUUCCUGGGAGCGAUGGUCGUCCUGUCCUUUUUCGUGGUCCAGCUCACAAAGGCCAAGAGCAAACCUAAGCGCAGGAAACCCCGCAUCAAACGGCCCACGUACCUCCAGCAGCAGCAGCAGACGGCAACGACGACUGGGAAAAACCCUACAGUUUGACUGGAUCUGCCACUCUGAACUGCUGCUGGGAGGCUGGAUUCACCUCCACAGCUGAGACACUGUUAAACAGACAACUUGUGUUGAGUAGCAACAUUGGAGGUGUGGAAGUACACGGAGUCUAAUGAACCCUCGACUCUGAAACUGGAGCCUGCCGGACAUGAACGUACUGCAACUCCAGACGUCUCUUGGAUUUAUGUGCCUCUUGUCUGUUCAAGGCUGUCCGUGGGUGUUUGUGUGUGUGUGUGUUUGUGGACUAAUGAAAAGUAUUAGAUGUAAAACACAGUACACACCUGGUCCUAAAAAUGCCUGUUUGAGACAGACAUGUUGUCUACAUUUCCCUCUCUCCUUUGACCAAACUGUUUCUUUAUGAAUGAAAUGUGUCCGACUUUUAUAUUUAUUGAAUUGUUCGUACCCUAACACACAUACUCAGAAGUACAAGAGAUUUCACACAAACGCAUAUACAUACUGUGUGCACUUUCCGAUUAAAGCAGUUGGCAUACACGCGGACAGAAACAACCUCACACACACACAUACAGUUAUGCAGACAUUGCCAACAUGAGGAUCAUUGAAUCACCAAGUUGUCUUCUCUCUUGUCUCCAUCCACCAUUUUGUAAGUCCCGCCCACAUCUGUUUCAAAUCAUCAUCUUUUCAUUGUUUUUAUAUUUUCUAUAAUGAGCGAACUCUGGCCAGGCAUUCUGUUGAUAUCCUCCUUCAUGAUAGCAUCGACAGACUUGUUCAAAUAUAUCAUCAAUUAAAAAGCAUAAUCAAAGUGAGCUGCUUGGUUAUUGAUUUGAGUUUGUAAAUGCAUUAAUUCUGGAGUUGCUUGAAGUCAUCUAAUAGCAAUUUAAGAUGCAAAAGAUUCAGCACUUCAGACAUGAUCAUUUAUUCAGACAUACACUGCCGUUCAAAAGUUUGGAUUCAGUGGUUAUAUUGUUUUUAUUCUUUCCUUUUAAUAAUGGCUGUUUUUACAGAAAUGAAAGCAUAAUUCUCACACCAAAUGUAUAAUAACAUUUGAAGUAGUUUUGGCCCCAAAAGAAGAAUUAAAUGAGUAAAACCUGCGUUAUUAUUUGGGCCGUCUGCAGUGUACUCAGUGGUUAGCUUAAAGAGGUUUAAACUGAUUGGUCAGUGCAUUGAAUCUUAGUUAUAUGAAUGUUUCUCUUAAGUUUUAAAGGGACCGUUCACAAAAUCAAGAUGACAUAUUUUUCCUCUUGUCUGUAGUGCUAUUCAUCGAUCUCGACUGUUAUGGCGUGAGUUGCAGAGUGUUAUCGGCUGUAGAGGUUCAUGAUUGCUGUUGAGUGUUUCAAAUGUAUUUUAGAUCUUUGGCUCAACUGUCCUUUUAACAAUACUUCUGCUGAAGCAACAUGUUCCCUGUUAAUUCCAGCUUGUCGGAGGCAUUAUUGUGCACUUGACACUGAAACAGGAACUUGUUCUUUUUCAAUCUGCACACAUUUUGAUUCUCAGCUUCCAAUUGAUUUGACCAAUGACUGCUGAUUUCUUCUGUUCGUAUUGAACUGUGGCUCAAAGGUAUUUUUGUCUCUUUUUUUUUGCCCUCUUAGUGGUCGGUGUGGUUGAACCAGAGUUUGGUUCUCAUGUACAAAGCAUGAAAGACCAUUCAAACAUAGAGUAGUCCUCUCAGCCAUCUGACUACCCAAUCAAUCAAGCUGCUGUGGCAGGAGGGUACACACAUUUGAACGGCGUUUAUACGUCUAAAUGUUCCCUAAAGGGCUUUUUUACCGGACGUGAUGGGACCAUUAUAGGAAGGGUACUCGCACACAAUGUGACCGUUGUUGAACCAGAGGUACACAGCGGGAACUCGUAGGUGAGUUUAAUAUCAAGUAUUUUCUUUUGUCUAUUGUAUUCUACUGUGACGCUGCACUCAUAUUAAAGUGAAUACAAGUGAUCGUAUCUAACAUGUGCUUCUGCAGCCUUUACAUUAACGUGAAGGCAUUCCAUUCACACUUGUGCCAUGUUGAAAGUGAAGUGCAAAAAUGUACUGGGUCCAACCUAAUGUAUGUCAGUAAGUAUAUUUUUGUUCAAUAAAACACUUUUCAGGUAUCGAC